AUGGAGAAGCAACUUGCUGCACUACUUGAAAGCAUCAUGCAUAUUUCGGUGAAAGCUGAGCGCAAAAAAAAGGGACAAGCGGUCCCGUGCCAGCUACACGCGAACAAGUUGCGCAUCAUGUGGGUUGGCCAGUACCGCGUUAUGGCAAGCACAGACUACUAUUUCACGGCCGAAUACCUAGUCAACGGUGGUAUCAUGAAUGUGCACCCGUUGCGUAUUAAAUUCUACGCUCGCUUGAAGAUUCGGAGGAGCUAUUCGACCACAUCACUCUCGAGGGACGUUUGA